AAACGAAGUGGUUGCCUUUUCCUCUGGGGAACAUGAGCGAUACAAACCAGAAUAGAACUCACGAGAUUUCCAAGCAGGCAUGUUACCUUCCUCUGAACCACGGAAUACCUAUUACCAUUAUCAAUUUUGUGCUAGUUUUCGUUGGAACAUUUGGGAAUUUUCUCAUUAUCUUUGCCGUCUUGAAUACUCAUAAACUUCGGAAUAGAAUCUCAAAUUUUCUAAUCCUCAGUCUAGCAGUCACUGAUUUAAUCGUAACAAUGUGCGCGCAGCCGUUACAUGCAACUUCGGUAACUUUCAAGACCUUUCGGCACUACUGCGUUCUUGAGAUAGACUUUGCCUACGACAUUGCAGGUAAUUUCUCCGUCUUUUGCUCGCUCUUCCACCUGGCUGCUAUCAGCAUCGACAGAGCGAUGGUCGUGACGAAGCCACAUCAACAUCAAGCGCUCAUGCGAAAGUACGGAUUGAAAACCAUGUUGUUUAGUUGUUGGGGAACAGCUUUUGUAUUUGCCAGUAUCCGUGUUCCUUUUCCUUCGACUCUCUCACUGUCCAUCGCCUUGAUUAUUAUUAGCUACAUCAUCAUUGUGUUGUCGUACGUCGUCAUCCUCUAUCAAAUCACGCGUGAGAAGGUAAAAAGCAACGAUCCAGCAGCUGCUUUGUCCUCUACGUCUAACGAUGCAUUAAUGGAAAAAAGAAUYUCCGGAACUAUUGCUAUCGUGAUAUUCUUCUUCUCCUUGUGCUGGUUUCCUCUGCUUGGCUUUUAUUUAUCUGUUGGAAAAGGUGUUAUUAGAGAACUUGGUGGCGUGAAGUAUAUGUGGAUACGUACUGCAGUCCUCUCCAACUCAUCCAUGAACUUCAUCGUCUAUAGUUUUCGUAUCGUACAUUUCCGUGUUGCUUACCUUAGAACCAUUAAUAAAAUCCUUAGAAGACCAAGAGAGGUUUUUGGAGGCUCCAAAGUCGCAGUCAUUGGCGCAGUAUCACAGGAAAGUAAAGAUAACUAUGUCCAAGAACUGCCAAGUAGGCUGAAAGUGAGUCGGGCUUACAGCGACCACGCGUAAAUCCCAAGGAUAACAUAUCCAAAAACGUGGCAAAGAAGUAGAUGAUGUUAGUGUGAUGUACUAAGACUCAAGCGUAUCCAAUUCUGGUCGCAUCUAAGCAUUUAUACAAAAAACAAUUCCGGGGAAAAAAUGAACUAUAUUCGUCGCUCGCUCGCUUCGCUUCAAGAAAGGGCAAGUCUAUAUUUCAAGAAUUCUGUUGCCAAAAAACUUCGUUCGUACUCAUAUUGAGAAAUAAACUAUAUUGAACAAAACCAAGGUGCUCUUUUUCAAAUAAUUAAAAAAAAAAAGCUUUAAUCUUGCACGGAUUUUUUAUUGCGCAAACACGUCAAAACUUUUGUAAAUAGUUWAAAAAAAAAUUAAAUUGCCAAUAUUGUAUAUCUAUCUAUCUGUCUAUCACGCUGUUUCGAAGAUUUCGAAUGAUCAUAUAAAACCUAGGACUCGUGGUCAUAUAUUACUAGAACAUGUAUGUGGUACCAUAUUUUUUCUUGUUUUACAAAGGAAUUAAUUGUACACUAGCUAAUUGAGAAAUAAACACGAAAUUCUCAGUAGAAAAAUAAAAGAUGGAGAAGAAGAAGAAGAAAGAGAAGAAGAAGAAGAAGAAGAAGAAGAAGAAGAAGAAGAAAAGCGGAAUUUUUGAAAAAGACGACAAAGAAGAAAUACGAUGUAAUCAUACACUUAAUGUCUGAUCUCGAGGGAAUUAGUGAGUUUUGUUUUACCGAGAAUCUCGAUGUUUCCAGAAGCGAUAAAUAUGUAAAAAUAUUGAUGAGAUAAUUUACUUGAAAAGAACUUUAUUUUAGCAAGCUAUUUAAACAUGAAAACUACGAAGACGACUACAUAUAUGGUGUUGUAUUUCGCUAACAAAAAAACAAGGAGAGUAUCAACAGCAUUUUUAGCCGUAUUUUCAGUUUCCGAAUCCUUUUUCUGAAUAAAAAGUCUGUAUUUCUUCUGUAGAAAGUC